AUGCGUCUCAGAAGUAUCCUCACCAGCGCCCUUGCCGUGACUGGCACUGAGGCUCUUUUCUUCUUUCCUGGUUUUCGUCUACCAUUCCCGAUUCCCUUCGUUACUACCAAGCCUUCGACCCUCAAGCCAGCCCCUGUACCGGCUAGCACAAAGGCUCUCCCACCAGUUGUUGCUCCAUCGUCUACUACAACCGCUACAUCAGUUGUAGUCAUCAAACCUACCACCACAUCUACCACCUCCACGACUUCGACUACAUCAACCACCUCUCUCUCUUCUGUCAUUUCUAUCUACACUACUACAACCUCUACUUCUGUCUCGUCCACUUCCACUACCACCUCCAGCGUCCCUGCUGUAUCUGACUUGUCAACCGCCAUCACUGUUGAUAGCACCAUUCUUAUUCUGGGAAAGGAUGACUACGCGUGCGACUCAGCGGCGUCGGGCCUCCAAGGCUACGGCAUCCCUUACGAGAAGGUCUUGGUUCCACAGGAAGGCUUUGUGAUGCCAACACUCAACAGCACAUCCAGCAAGGGCAAAUACGGUGCCAUUAUUCUCGUUGAUGCUGCCUCAUACCUGUAUGCUUCUGGCUGGGCUAGUGCCAUUACCCAACAGAUGUGGGAUCAGAUCUUUGAGUACCAGCUGCAUUUCAACGCACGGCUUGUACGUAUUAACGAGUACCCCAGCACCCAGUUUGGUGUUGCUCCUGCGGGUGACGGCUGCUGUUCGGAUCAAGACGGUGUUGAUCCCCAAUUUGUCAGUCUCACCGACACUUCGCAGUUCCCUUCAGCCAACUUGAAGACAGAUGCCGGUCUCUCUACCAAGGGCAUCUAUCAUUACCCUGCCACCAUCACCGACCCUACCAUCGCCAAACAAAUUGCCAAAUUUGGUCCUGGUGGUGGCUACACCUCUGAUACCGUUGCUGGUGUCAUCAACACUUUCACCGAUGGCCGCGAGCAGCUCGUUUGGUUCCUUGGUUGGGCUCCUGACUGGUCCCAGACCACUGCUUUCCUUCAACAUGCUCAUAUUCACUGGAUGACCCGCGGUGUCUUCCUUGGCAAGCGCAAGGUCCACCUCAAUGCUCAGAUUGAUGACGUUCAGCUGUCUACUGGUCUCUACUACUCCGUGUCGGGCGAGAAGGAGUUCAAGAUCCGAACUUCUGAUCUCGAAGCUCACGUUGACUGGCAGUACAGUAUCAACGCCCGUCUCCCUCAAGGUUCCGACUUUUGGCUGGAAUUUGCCCACAACGGUAACGGCGAUAUAAUCCAAGCCGUUUCCGGAUCUGACUCUGGUAGUGUUUGCAACCCAAACGCAGCGGUUGAUUAUGAGUCUCCUCCCGACACGCCACUGGAAUUUGUCAAGCCUCUUGGUACAGGCACCAACAAGUGGUCUGACCAGUUCGUUUACGGAAACUACCCUUGGUCUCAACCUUGUGCCAAGCUAGACGACUUUGCUUCUUGGUUCUUGAACAAAGACAACCUCAACCACUUCGCCCACCUUUCCCACACUUUCACACAUCUAGAGCUGAACAACGCCACCUACAAGGAUGCCAGUCGCGAGAUUGACUUUAAUCGCGCGUGGAUGAAGCAGAUGGGUAUUGAUCAGGCUGCCCGUUAUUCACCCAACGGUCUGGUACCCCCUGCUAUCACAGGUCUUCACAACGGCGAUGUUAUUCAAGCAUGGUUGGAUAACAAGAUCACUUUUGUUGUUGGUGACAACACUCGACCUGUCCUGAUAAACCAGCAAAACACUUUCUGGCCUUUGAUCAGCACAGUUGAAAAGAACGGUUACAAUGGCCUAGUCAUUAUUCCCCGAUAUGCCACUACUAUCUACUACAAUUGUGAUACUGCAGAAUGCACUACCAAGGAGUGGAUUGAUACCUCUGGCGGAAAGGGCGAUUUCAAUGACCUGAUUGCCCAAGCCAGGAUCGAGAAUUCUCGCCACUUGCUCGGUCUUCAUGCCGAUCCAUACAUGUUUCACCAGGCCAACAUGCGAGUUGUUGAUAUGCCCGAAAGAACUGUCGGUAACUACACAGGCAAGAUGUCUCUGGUCACCACUUGGGUUGAGACUGUGACCCAGGAGCUGAUGCGUCUGACCAACUGGCCCAUCACAUCUAUCAAGCAUGAUGAAAUUGCUCAGUAUUUCCUCGACCGCAAGACAUUGGACGCAUGUAACCCCCGGCUUUCGUAUGGAUUUUCAGCCGACAGAAAGAGCAUUACCUACGUCACCCUGUCGGCUGACAGCAACUCUUGUUCUGUGCCUGUCCCUGUAACUAUUCCAGGUGGGGCCUCUGUAUCUGGUGCUGUAUCUCGAAUCGACAAUCUGGGUUCUGAACCGACUAUUCACUGGGUGAAGUUGACUGGCUCUCCUGUUAAGCUAAUGCUAAAAACUGGAAUUACAUUGAGUUUGUAA